GCAUCUGUCAAGCUCCUUCCGUUUGAGAAUGUUUUGGUGACCUUAGGACUGUCUCUGCUGCCGCUGCCGCCCGUGAGCCUCUGCUGCCCACGCUGGCGAGAGGCCAGCCCGCGGCUGGUGCAGCCCGUGGCCGCACCUUGGCCCUCAGCAUCUCAGAUGAUACAUCAGCAGCCUAACCCAGGUAUACAUUAUGAGUAUAUCAUUCCAGGAGACAAUGUCAUUAGUCCUCAGUUGCUUGCUCACAGGAGGCCAGGGGAGCCCUUGAACGGUCAGUUAGGAAUACCAGAAAGUACAAACCAUGAGGAUGAGGAUUUGCAUAGGGAGACAGACACUCUCACUGGACAGUCAGCUGGAACUUUCCCAGUUAUUCAUCCAGGAAGAUUUCCUUCUCAUCAACCAGAAAACCAGGUGCCUGCUGUGCAACCACCAAGACAAAACCGAGAACACAACUGGAAACAGAUUGGAAAAACUGAGUGCACUACUACAUGUGGGAAAGGGUCACAGUACCCAGUUUUCCACUGCGUCAACAGAGUCACUCAUGAGGAGGUAUCUGAGAGUUACUGUGACAGCAACACCAAACCUAUUCCAGAAGAGGAGGCCUGCAACCUCUUCCCAUGUCCAGCUUUCUGGGAUAUAGGGGAGUGGUCUGAGUGCAGCAAAACAUGUGGUCUUGGUAUGCAGCAUCGACAGAUCUUAUGCCGGCAAAUGUAUGCCAACCGUACCUUGACAGUUCAGCAGUACCGCUGUCAUCACCUGGAGAAACCAGAGACAACCAGCACUUGCCAGCUGAAGAUCUGCAGUGAAUGGCAGAUUAGGACAGAGUGGACUUCAUGUUCAGUGCCUUGCGGAGUGGGGCAGAGGACCCGAGAUGUGAAAUGUGUCAGCAACCUUGGAGACAUUGUUGAUGAUGAGGAAUGUAACAUGAAGCUGCGGCCAAAUGAUAUUGAGAACUGCGACAUGGGUCCCUGUGCUAAGAGCUGGUUCCUUACAGAGUGGAGUGACAGGUGUUCUGCAGAAUGCGGUGACGGAGUCCGUACGCGUUCAGUGGUUUGUAUGACAAACCAUGUCAGCAGUUUGCCUCUGGAAGGCUGUGGCAAUAACAGACCCUCCGAAACGACUCUCUGUAAUAAUGGACCCUGUGCUGGUAAAGUGGAGUGGUUUGCUGGGGGCUGGACACAGUGCUCUACUGAAUGUGGCAGUGGAACUCAACAGAGAGAAGUCAUUUGUGUUAGGAAAACUGAAGGUAAUUUUGAUGUUUUGAACCCCUACGAAUGUUCGUAUUUGGAAAAGCCUCCCAGCCAGCAGUCCUGCUACCUCAAACCCUGUGGAUCUAAGUGGUUUCAUACAGAAUGGAGCACA